UUUGUUUACAGCACGUGUCGAGGUCACAUUUCAGAGGGAAGUCCCUAAAAAACAGGCGGCGCCGCCUUUCACAGAGGCAGCCUCGCCGCCGUGUUGCAUAUUUGAUGAAGAGAUGAAUAAGCUCAAAUAUUCAGUUUGCCUUCAUGUGGGAGGAAGAAUAAAAUAAAGGCCUUGGCUUGACCUGUGUGAUAACCUGUCCAUGAGUUCCAGGUGAGUAACCUCCAGGUUGUUGCAGUCUCACCCGCAGAGUUCACAGGUGACUGUGAAGCUGCUGCAGAUGUUGGUGAGGCUGAGGUGAAGUAUGAUGACGUAGAUGGAAACAUCUGGCUCCUUUUGUGUCACCUCAAGUGUGCGUGAGCGCACGCGGACGCCCGCCUCUCGCUGCAGUGUUGUUGUAGUUCACCUUCCGGCCAGCGGCGGCAGCACUGUUGGGUUCAGUUGGGACUCACCUGCUGUCUGGCUCUUCAUUUUUUUAAAAACAUUCUCUGGUUUUCAGUUCUCCUGGAGUCGGUGUGAGUGCUGCUGACAGACAGUGUGAGGAUUCACUCCAGCCGGGCGACGGCGGCUUCAUGCGGCUCAUCUCAGAGGAAACCAACCAGGCUUCAGAAGCCUGAAGGAGACGCAUCAACACUGAGGAGGAGAGCAUGAGGAGAUGAAUGGAGUGAAGGAGGAGCCUGAGGAAACAGGAGAGGACUGUCAGCAGCUCCCUGCUCAAGGGGCGGGGCUCGAUCCAGGUGUGCAGAGUCUCUCUGUACCAGAUGAACCGGCUUCAGACAGCGCUCACCGGUCAAAGCGCCGCCACCGGUGCUCGGUAUGCGGCCGGGAGUUUUCGCGUCCCUCCCGCCUGGUCGAUCACAUGACCGCCCACACGGGCGAGAAGCCGUACAGCUGCUCGCUGUGCAGCAAACGCUUCACAAAGAAGAUAAACGUGGCGGUCCACCAGCGGGUUCACACCGGAGAGAAGCCCUAUUCCUGCCCCGACUGCGGUGUCAGCUACGCCCAGCUCAGCUGCCUGCGGCGUCACCGGCUCGGCCACGCCGCAGAGAAACCCCACUGCUGCUCGGUGUGCGGGAGAGGAUUUGUCCAGCGGCGCCACCUCGUCCAGCACGAGCGCACUCACACUGGAGAAAGGCCGUUCCUCUGCUCGCUGUGCCCCAAGAGCUUCGCCUCCAGGACGGGGCUCGUCGACCACCAGAAAACCCACACGGGACAGAACCUGUACUCCUGCUCCGUCUGCGAGAAGGUUUUCUCCACGGCGUCGUCCUUCAGGGAUCACGUGAGGCUGCACACGGGGCAGCAGCCGCACCCCUGCUCGCUGUGCGGCAAGAGCUUCAACAGGCCGGGUCUGCUGAGGAAACACCUGCAGAAGCACGCCGAGCAGAUCCAGGUGGUCAAAGUCGAAGGUGUCGACGGAGAGGGGGAGAUGAAUCUUCACUGCUUCCUGUGUCAGAAGGACUUCUUGUCUGUGGAGAAGCUGCUGCAGCACCGGCAGCUCCACCAGAGGGCGCAGCAGUUCACCUGUGGCGUCUGCGGCCGAGAGUUCGGCCGAGCGUCGCGGCUGAAGGAGCACAUGCGCUCUCACACCGGAGAGAGGCCGUACCAGUGCGACGUCUGCAUGAAGCGCUUCUCUGUGCUCAGAGUGCUGAGGAAGCAUCAGGAGAUCCACGGCAGGGAAGAGUGCAGCACCGCCGCCGCUGACGACCAAUCACAGCCUUCAGACCAGCCGAAAACGGGUGAAUCGCUCAGCGGGAUGAAAGUGGAGAACGGGAACGCAGACUCGGCGACCGGUGAGAAACUCCAGCUCCUCGUUUCAGACGGGUCGGCCCGUUCGCGCUGCGGCAAAGCGGCUUUUCAUUUCAUGCCACACGUUAUGUUCUCCACAGUUUACAGAUUAGCUGGCGAGGACUCGGGAGGUCUGAACAGCUGUGGAGGACGUUUGCAGAGGGUUGUCAGAGAGUGGAACAAGUUCCUCUCACACUGGUCAGCGUCAUUCGGGUGGGCUGUGGCAGUGGACGGGAGCACCGAUACUCCGAAGGGAAGCUCCUCCCACAGCUGCCUCAGCUGUGGGAGGAGCUUCCCGGGGAUGUCGGCUCUCUUGGAGCACGCCAAGGUCCACGACUCGGAGAAGCCGCACCGCUGCCCGGUAUGCGCGAAGAUCCUCAGCAGCGCGGCCACCCUGCGAGUGCACAGGAAGACCCACAUGGCCGACAAGCCGCACGCCUGCAGCAUCUGCCCCCGGAGCUUCCUGAAGCCCUGCCUGCUGCGCCAGCACAUGAGGACCCACAUCAGGGACGGGCUCAUCGCCGACCCCGCCGACAAGGUGUUCUGGUUCGACAUGAAGAUCGAGGGCGGGAAGGUGGAGCUGGGGAUGAAGAAGAAGGAGGUGGAUGAAGGCGUGAAUGAGCAGACCUCCGUAGAUGUUUUCACCGGAGUUGAGCCCUCUAUUAAGAAACCCCACCCCACUGAGGGGCGGGGCAACAGCGAGGAGCGUAAAGAGCCAGACGUGAGCGGGCUGAUAAACUCUGAUGGUGAGGAAGAGGACUGGAGGCCAGCGCGCGGCAACCCUGACGGACCCACAGACCCUGACGGGCCCACAGACCCUGACGGAUCCACAGACCCUGACGGGCCCACAGACCCUGACGGGCCCACAGUUCCUGAUGUACCUUUACACCCUGAUGGAUCCUUAGAUUGCGAUGGGCCCACAAGUCCUCGCGGACCCUUGAAUCCACAGGCCGACAGUGGGGCUGAUGGGAAAUCACGGCACUGCUGCCCCGUCUGCGGGCGCGACUGUUUCAAAGCGUCGGCGCUGCAGAAGCACCUGCGGAUCCACUCGGGCGAGCGUCCCUUUCAGUGCCCCACCUGCAGGAAGAGCUUCAUCCAGCACGUGCACAUGACAGAGCACCAGAGGAUCCACACGGGAGAGAGACCCUACACCUGCAGCAUCUGCAGCAAGAGCUUCACCUUCUCCAGCGCGCUGCGCCGGCACCAGCGUCUGCACACCGACGCCCGGCCGUAUCAGUGCCCCAUCUGUCCUAAGACCUUCAAGCAGCGCAGCUCGCUCAAAGAGCACCAGCUGACGCACUCGGGCGUCCGCUACCAGUGCCCGCUGUGCAGCAAGAGCUUCAGCCGCGCCCUCGAGCUCACCUACCACGUGGACGUGCACUCGGAGGCUCGGCCGUACUUCUGCGACAUCUGCCAGAAGAACCUGAGCGGAGCCCGAGUCUUCAGGAAGCACAUGAAGAAGCACGAGCUGCAGCCAGCCGGGCUGAGGGAGGCCGGGACCUCCUCGACCAAUGAGAGUCUCUGAAAGCGGUGAGAGAGGGAGGCCCGUGCUGGGAAAACCAGUGUGGACAAAAGUCAGCGAGUAACCAGUGAAACCAGUGUGAGUUCAGCCUCAGAUAUUAGAAGGACUUCAGAGGACGCGCUCGGUUAAAUCUGCCUUAAAGGAAAGGUUCUGAGAUGCUGUUAGCCCCGCCUCAGCUCACUUCCUGUUGCAGCUGUCAUUACAUUCCUGUCGUGGACGCAGUGAAGAAACAGGAAGAAGCAUGAGCCUUCAGCCUGUAUGCUAAGCUAGGCUAACAGCAUCCCAAGUAACAGAACGAAUCUCUGCCUCCAAACGAUCCGGCCGGCUGAUUGGACCACACUGACCCUUUAACCAAAGUGCUUUUGGUGCCUGAACCACAGACGCGUGUCCGGAUGUGACCCCUGAACUUUGCCGACAGCUUCUCAUUUGGAGGUCACGUGUUUCAAACGAGAGGCGUGGUCACGAAGGGUUUUUCAAACUUUUAGUGCUCGUUGAAUAUUUGGUGCUACACAUCAGCAGCCCUGGUUCUGAUUUCAUUUCUAUAGAGGUAAAACAGCUGAUAUACGAAGGUCAAAGGUCAGCUACACAGAGGCCUUCGUGCUGUUGUAGAGUCUGAACUAAAAAACUGUCCCUGGACCAGUUUGUACACUUUUAAAGUCACCAGGUCUUUAAAGCCUCUGAGCUCACCUGAACCUGAACCUGAGUUUGUUUCCGGAGCUCGAGCAGCUGCGUGUUCCUGCAGAACCACAGAUUCCUCCACUACAACCAGGAAACGCUAAAAGACGAGUGCUGAACGCUCCAACACUUCAUCGCAUCUUGAGGAAAGAUCUGUGGAAUUAUGUCAACAACAGAAAUAUUCCCGUCACACGACUGAUAUUUUUCUACCAGCAGGUGGCAGUACGCCUCUAUGAACUCUAUGAAGUUUUAUAUCUACACUCACUGCCCACUUUAUUAGGUACAGCUGCUGAGUUUACAGAGUACAGAUCUCUGGAAGAAACUGCUCGGGUGGUGCCCCAGAUCAGAGGAGAAUGACCAAACUUAUAUAACUUAUUAUAACAAAGGUAUGCAGAAGAGCGUCUCUGAGCACAUCACACCCUGAAGCAGAUGAGCUACAGAAUAUCUGCCACAACAUCCAGGAUCUCUCUGUCGGGAGGGCGUGAUGGUUUCUUGGCGCGUCCGUGACAAGUUCACCGUCCUCCAAACGCCUCCACAGUCACCACAUGUCAUGGAUGCGGUCCACAGCUCUGCAGUAAGUUUGUGAUGGUGUCACGUCAACACGGAGAGUCUCUGAGGAAUGCUUCCAGAACCUCGUCGAUGCUGGGAAGAAGAAACAGGGUCCAGUCCUGUACUGGCAAGGUGUAGCUAAUAAAGUGGCUGCUGGGUAUGAUUUAUCUUCUCUUGUUACAGCAGCUCAAGUUAAAUACAACAACGUGUAACAGGGAGCUUAAAUGAGUGGGAUUAUGUGGCGAUCGUGGCUCAUCGUGGCACCGCAGCAAUUUCCUAAUGUUGUAAACCU